GAAAGAAAUAUAUUUAUAUUCGGGUCGCAGAUUUCGGGAAGAUUUCUUGAUAGAAAGUCGCAGAGUCGUGUUAAGAAGAGUAAUUAGCAAUUAAUCCUAGUUGGUAGCUGAGUGUGUGUGUGUGCCUAUCUCUGUCUCUCUCUACCCCGUUCUCCCCUCGUUCUGCCGGCACUUGAGAAAAAGGAUACCAAUUGAAAAUCUUAAAUUGCACUUCUGAAAGGAUUAUAACUUCAGUGAAAUCUACAAAGAAACUACAACAUGCUGCUGCAGCGGAACAAAUUAGGCAGCGUACGCCCACCGAAGCGUUGCAGGAGCGACAUGGACAACACCUCCACCUCGGACAUUGUCAUCAUCAAUGGAAACUCGCAUCCGGACUUGGCCAACAUGGUGGCCGAACGCAUGGGCCUGAAGAAUGGAGGGUGCUCCGUUUUCCACAAGUCCAACCGGGAGACCAUUGUGGAAAUCAGCGAUUCUGUUAGAGGCAAGGACAUCUACAUCAUCCAAACAGGAACCAAGGAUGCCAACAACAACAUCAUGGAGCUGCUCAUCAUGGCCUACGCCUGCAAAACUUCGUCUGCUCGGUCCAUUGUGGGUGUGAUCCCAUACUUGCCAUACUCGAAGCAAUGCAAGAUGCGCAAGCGCGGCUGCAUCGUCUCCAAGCUGCUGGCCAAAAUGAUGUGCACCUCGGGCCUGACCCACAUCAUCACAAUGGAUCUGCACCAGAAGGAGAUCCAGGGUUUCUUCGACAUACCCGUGGACAACCUAAGGGCGUCGCCCUUUUUGCUCCAAUAUAUUCAGGAGAGCAUUCCCGACUAUCGUAAUUCGGUGAUUGUGGCCCGCAAUCCGGGCGUGGCUAAGAAGGCCAACUCGUACGCGGAGCGACUGCGUCUGGGCUUGGCGGUGAUUCAUGGGGAACAAAAGGAGGCUGAAAGCGAUGAGGUAGAUGGUCGCUAUUCUCCUCCACCGACCAGUGCGUAUAGCAAUUUAUUAGGAAAUUCAGUUGAAAUGUGCUUACCAGCGACGCCUAGAAACUCUACUCCACAACACGCCCCAUCCAGCAGCAACCGGACGCGCACCACUUCCGUCUCCGUGGGAGUGCCGGAGCACCCCGUGAAGGUCAAGCCGCCGCUGACAAUUGUGGGAGAUGUCAACGGGCGUAUUGCCAUCAUGGUGGACGAUCUUAUUGACGACGUCCAGGCGUUUGUGGCUGCCGCCGAAAUGUUGAAGGACAAUGGAGCCUGCAAGAUCUACGUGCUGGCCACGCAUGGUCUGCUCAGCUCGGAUGCCCCGCGUCUACUGGAUGAGUCGCCCAUCGACGAAAUCGUUGUCACCAAUACCAUUCCACACGAGAUCCAGAAGCUGCAGUGCCACAAAAUCAAGACGAUCGAUAUCUCCAUACUGAUUGCCGAGGCCAUUCGGCGCAUUCACAACAAGGAGUCCAUGUCGUACCUCUUCCGCAAUGUAACGCUGGAGGACUAAGCUGUCUGGCUAUCCACUACUCACAUGCACUCACAGUACCCCACUCACAGUACCCAGUCCAUAGCUUGAAGUCACAAAUGAAAGAAAUACGGAAAAGAGUCCGGCUUGUUUUGUGUCCGGUUUUUGUUUGUUUUUCGCUUUAGAAACCCAUUGGAAGUGCGCCCAGCGUGCGUUUGCUCAAAUAAACGAAUGAUCCAACAUUGUAGCAUACUUUUAGGCCCACAUUGUACUCCACACUGAGCUACAGAGUAAGGUUCUUAAUCCAAUCGUUCAUGGAAGGUUAACCACUUUCUUUGUUAGUUUGUAAGUCAAAGAUCGCUAAACUUUGUCAAAAAAAAAGAAACAAGUAAAUAAAUACUGAUUGUACUCUA